CACAGAGACCGCGACUGACAUGAGGGCUGCGUUCCUGGUGCUGCUCCUCUGGGCCGUGGCCUGUGCUCACCCUGUGCCUGGCCAUGAACCCACCCACCCCAGCGCCCUGCAGGAGGAUGCCACAAAUGAAGAUUACAUCGGCAAGCUGGGCAACCACCUGGAUGGAGGAGACGGCAGACAUCCUCCUGCCGGUCCAGAGACAGGGGAAAAUGCCCUUGCCAGGGACCUGACGGGUGGGAAUGCCGUGGAUGAGGAGCUGGGUGAGCUCAGUGGCCAGGACGUGGGAGGCCGAGCUGGGCAGGCUCAGCACGUGAACCAGGUGGACCACGAGGACACGGGCACCCACAACGGGAACGACCUUGGUUUCCUGGAGGCGGACGCGCGUGACGCUGACGAUGGGCACAUCGGAGAGCGCUACGGCGCCGCAGCCGACGCCUUCCCCUCCCACGGCGGCGCGUUCCUGGACGAGGAGGAUGACAGCGGCGAUGACACCUUCGACGCCAACGGGGAAGAGGAGAGGGGCGAAGGCCCUACCUACGUGGCUGGCGCUGAUGGGGCGGGGGAAGGCGACGCCGGCCGCGGGGAUGCCGGGGCGGGCGGGAGGCGCGGCGACAGCAGCAGCAGCAGCAGCAGCGAGAGCGUCGCGGCGGACCACCGGCGCUACGGGAACCGCGGCUUCGGGCGCGCCUACGGGCACGGAGCGGGCAGCAGCAGCAGCCAGGAGGAGGAGGAGGGCUUCGACUUCCAGGACGAAGCCAUGCAGGGGGACGAUCCCUCUGUCUUCGACGGCCCGGGCGGCAGCUACAGGAUGCGCCACGCCGGCCCCCUGGGGAACAGCUGGGAGAGUGCCCAGGGGGCUGGCUCCCACCGCUGGGAGGAGGGGGACAGCAGGUCCCCCGAGGUGGAGGAUGGCGACUCUGGAGAAGACAGCCCAUCCGUGGAGGACAACAGUCAGUCAGAGGAGCCUGAGGACAGCCAGUCAGAGGAAAAAAGCUCCAGCCACUCCCAAGAGGAUGGGGAUGGGGAGGACAGCCCCUCCAGGGAGGAUGAGGACAGCGAGUCCAGGGAGGGCACCGAUGAGCAGUCAGAUGAAGAGCCAGGGGAGACCCCGGAGGUGGUGAGAACCUUGAAUGAGCACAGCAACAGCCAGACCUGGGAAGGGCAGGAGGACUGGGAUUCUGCCGAGGACAGGAGCGUGCUGUCCACGCCUGACAGUGAGUCCAGGGAAGAAGAAGAGGCUGAACUGAGCAAGUCCAGGGAAGAUGAUGAUGACCAGAGCCAGUCCACAGAGGACACCGUGGAGGAGUCAGAGGAGGACGGGAAUGACUCAGUGCCGAGCACAUCGGCUGAGAGCCCAGAGUCCCCAGAGGAUGACAGCAGCCCAGAGGACAACACGGGUGAGGACAGCAGGUCCACAGAGAGCGACAACAGCGAGUCCCAGGAAGAUGACGACGACGUGGAGAGCCACUCGCAGGAGGAUGCCACGCGCGAGUCCAGCAGCCACGGGGACGACAGCUCCCUGCAGAGCCCGGAGAGCGGGGGCCGCAAGCGGCGGCUGGGCGCCCUGCGCCACAGGCCUGCUGCUGACUACGAUGACAAUGACUGCCAGGACGGCUACUGAGCUGUGCCCCACGGCCUCAGCGGCCUGGGGGGCGUGGGGGGACGAGGGGUUAAUUUAUUUGCCAUAUA